UAAAAUAUUACUAUAAUUACUCAAAAAACUGAAAAAGGAAAGUCGUUUCGCUUAUCGAUCGAAGCCCCUGUUGCCAUCCUAUAAUGUCUGCUUGCUCAACAAAAAAGUCCUUGCCCGUGGGGUAUUUACUCGUUUAUUAUACAUCCCUUCUGUUAGUAUUUGAAUAUCAUGUUCAUGAAAGCGAGAACAGCUGUCAAUCAUAUUUUUUAAGCUUUGGGUGACUAUAUACAACAAAGUUAAGCCGAGCCACAGACUACGUACGUUUCCGAUAAGACAUAACAGUUUAAAUAAACCAACAUAUAAACGUAGCCAAAAAUGUACCCAUUGUGUGAAGCACUUCCUCUUUCCUGAUAAAAACAAACAUUUAGAAGGCACGUGCGUUUAUUUAUAUUUCAACAUGUCGAAAAAUGCUGACUAUUUUCAAAAUCUUUCAAAUGCAGAUAAAUCCCACUAUACAGGAAAACUUACACUCGCAGAUGGGACUAUGCUUGCAGAUCCUUACUGGCUGCAGACUAGCGAUUGGAGCGAUGACGUUUUACUACUUCCAGAUAUAACUUAUGUUGAUCUGUAUGUGUAUUUGGUUCACACUCCUAGCAAGUUCACACACGAGUCGCUUAAAGCACACAAAUCCUUGGAAGCUUACAACUUUUCUAUCAGGGCACGUACAAGAAGUGUAUUGUCACCACUUAAAAGAAGUAGAUUUCUGUUAUAUAAAAUCGUCUGUGUUACCAAGUCAAAGGCAGGGGAAAACGCAAAAAUUAUAUGACACUUGGAUUAUAAUGCAUAAAACCGGUUGGAUACAUUCGGCAAAUUGUACUUGUGUUGCAGGACUUGGUUCGGCUUGCAGUCAUGUUGCUGCAUUAUUAUUUAAAUUAGUGGCAUGUGCUACAUUAGAGCUUAACAAAACAGCAUGUACUAGUGUUUUAUGCUCUUGGAAAAAGGCAAGAAAAAGAGCUCAUCCUGCACCCUUAAGUAAAAUUGACUUUAGAAGACCAAAAAAGACAGAGACACUUCCAAAAGUUGAUGAUCCUUUUGGAGACACAAUAAAAGGUUUUGUAUCACCCGAUCCAAUAAAAUUUAUUACUGGAAAGGAUCAAGAACAUCUUGAUGAAUUAAGGCAGAUUGCUCCAGAUGCAGUUAUCUUUAAAAGCAUCAGUUUAUGGCUUGACGAUGAUCAAAACCUAAACAGUGACACAGAUAGUGCAAACAAAAAUGAACAAAACAGUCUUCCUGAACCUCUUACAUUUAUUUAUGAGCCAACAGCAAUUAAUAAAACUGAUGCAGAGGUAAAAAAUAUUGCAGUUAAAAACUAUGAAAAAUAUACAAAGUCGUGUUUUCAAAAUCAAUAUGAUAAUUUGAAAAAAGUAACAGCACUUCAAAGUAUCAGUAACAAAUGGAUGUUGCACAGGGCUGGGCGUAUAACAGCAUCAGUUUCAAAAUCUGCCUUCACAUGUGAUUUAGAACGGACAAAAACAUUAGUGGACACAGUCAUGCAAUACAAGGAUCAAGUCGAUGUUGUUGCUACAAGAUACGGAAAGAGAAUGGAAACAAGAGCUCGGGAUGUUUAUACAAAGAAAUUGGAGCAAAUACACACUAACUUUCAAGUCAAAACAACUGGUUUACACAUUAAUACAGAUUUUCCAUAUCUUGGUGCCAGCCCUGAUGGCAUAGUUCAAUGUGACUGCCACAGUUUAGGCUUGGUAGAAAUCAAAUGUCCUUAUAAAUUCAAAAAAAGCCUUAAAAAUUGGAGACAGAAUAAGCUCUGUCCAAUUAAUUCAACUGGAGAAUUUAAACAAAAUCACGCCUACUACUUCCAAGUGCAACAUCAAAUGCUUGUAACUGAUACAAAAUAUUGUGACUUUUUCGUUUUUUCACAAGGCAAACGUGCAGAGGAUACAUUUUUGCUAAGAGUUGAAAGAAAUGAUAAGUUUUGCCAAUCACUAUUACUGAAGCUUUUAGAAUUUUCUUAAUCGUCCAAUCACUCUCUCAAUAUGUAUUCAAACAUUUGCAAUUUGCCUCGAUCGAUCAACAUCUGCAGCAGACAUUUAGUCUUUUCCCCUAGUAAAUUCAGGUAUCUUCAAAAGUGCUCCCCUUGUGGCUAAUUCUUGUUCAAUAAGAAAACCUCUAUCUGCCAAAACCAUAACACCAUACUCUACUAAGUCUAGAAAGCCACUUUUGAUCGUUAUUUCUUUAUCUGAUACUCUUCCACCCCAUCCUUAAGAUAAAAAACUGACAGAACCGGAUGGAGAACAAGCUAUCAAAUAUUUUAUUGUAUUGGUAUUUUUGUAAUUGGACCAAGUCUGUGCCCUGGCAUUCAAGUUUAAUGGUCGCUGAAUAAAAAUUUCUGUGCAGUCAAUUAUACAGCAACAGCUUUUAUAACAUCUAAAACAUUUUGGCAAAUUUUUUCUUAAAGCUUGUUUUUCAGGCCAUAUCAGUGUAAACAAUAAUGACUUUGCUAGUAGUGGUAACAACUGUCGAUAAAUACGAGAAAUCACAGGUGGUCGAACUUUAAAUCUAUAUGCAAUGUCCCUAUUAAGAAGUCCAAGUUUUAAUUUCAUGAGGACUAUAAGGACAUGAUCUUUUUGUGUCAACAAUUUUGUUGCUGGCUUAAUUUUAUGUUUUACAAUAUUGACCACCCAAUUAAAUCUUCCUUUGUUUAAGCCAGUAUAAAAAUAAAACAUUUCAGGAGAUUGUUUCAAUGACUUAUAACAAAAUUUAUUCAAUGAAAGUGUUUUAUCUAUCUAUCUAAGUCCAUGAAUUUCAUUUAAUCUAUUUGCAUAUUCGCUAUUCAAUCCAGUGUAUUUGUUUGAAAUGUUCUGUUUUUCAUCCACCUCAUUUUUUAAAUCCUUUUCUAAGCAUUUAACUUUCUCCUCAAGUUCUUGUACUUUCUGACAUAAUUCUGACAUGGAAGGACCUUGAUCUUCUGGGAGUUUAAAAUCAUUGUCAGAUUCACUUUCAGCUACUAGUUCAGAUGUUAAUUUCCUUCGUUUUGUGAGUCGAGAAUGUCUAUGUUGCUUUUCAAGCUUUCUUUUCUCACUCACUCGUUUUCCACAACGUUCGAAUACUGAGGGUACCCAGUCUGGAUGAGAAGAAUCUUUGGACUUUUUUCCUAAAAAAGCAAACAAUAAAAAAUCUAUAAAAUUUUAAAAAUUCCAGAGAAAAAGUUCAUGUGGGUGAGGGGACACAAAACACAAUGUGGCUCACACUACUUUACAAAAUAACUUUUAAAAAUGAGUGAACAAAGUCACUUACCAGACAAAAAAUGUAAAUGACACACUUUGGCAUUCUUCAUUAACUCUUCUGACCAUUCAAUUCGGCCAAUUGCAGUCAGCCAUCUCUCCCUCAACACAGGAUGCUUCUUGUUAGGAAUUUUGUAAAAUCGUCUUCCGACGAUUUGUACAAUUAGGUACGCAACAACUAUCAGGCAUUGUUAUGAAAAUAACAGUUUUUUAAAGUAUUUAAAAAAUAAAUAUAUCCAAACAGUACAAAAACGUCUCUUCUCUUCAAUGAUCUCUAACAAA